AUGACGCAAAUACCAAACCCUGUUGUUUUCUUUGACAUAGCCAUUGGCAGUACGGCAGCAGGAAGGAUCAAAUUUGAGCUGUUUGCUGAUACAGUUCCUAAAACUGCUGAAAAUUUCAGACAGCUGUGUACAGGAGAAUAUCGUAAAGAUGGGAAACCAAUUGGGUACAAGGGUGCAAUAUUUCACAGAGUCAUCAAAGAUUUCAUGGUUCAAGGAGGCGAUUUUGUAAAUAGUGAUGGGACAGGUAUCACAAGUAUUUACGCUGGGCGACCAUUUGCAGAUGAAAACUUCAGGAGAAAGCAUGAAUCGGCUGGCAUAUUGUCUAUGGCGAACAGCGGCAAGGACACCAAUGGCUGCCAGUUUUUCAUUACUUGCGCCAAGUGUGAUUUUCUGGAUGGGAAACAUGUGGUGUUUGGUAAAAUCAUUGAUGGCCAUCUUGUUCUGCGAAAGAUAGAGAAUGUGCCAGUUGGUCCCAACAACAAACCAAAAAUUCCAGUCACGAUAACUGAAUGUGGAGAAAUGUAG